AUGCGCGCCGGUUUACCCCAGCACGGGGGAGGCAGCCUCGGCUGCCGGUUAACGAACGGCCAGGACCGACGGAGCUUCGGUGAGGGCCGGCAGCUGGAUAACAGGGUCUCCAUUUGGUCUGUUGGAGAGCUUGGAAAUGGGGGCCUCAAUGGUGAAUAUCAAGGAGAACCUCAGCUGCUGUGUGACAUCAGGCACAACGGUGACGUUAUGGACAUGCAGUUUUUGGAUCAGGAGAGAAUCGUGGUUGCCUCAUCAACGGGAACUGUAACUGUAUUCCGUCAUCAUCAAAGUAACCAGACUUUAUCUGCCAACCAGCGGUGGGAGAAAGCCCAUUAUCAUGUGGAUCAAGACACAUCUUGUGGUGGAGCAGCAUGUACUGGAGUUAUCUGCAACAACCCAGAAAUUGUCUCUGUUGGAGAAGAUGGUAGAAUAAAUCUUUUCAGAGCUGACCAAAAGGAUGCAGUCAGAACUAUAGACAAUGCAGACAGCAGUACACUCCAUGCAGUGACUUUCCUUCGCACAACUGAGAUCUUGACAGUAAAUUCAAUUGGACAGUUAAAAAUAUGGGAUUUCAGACAGCAAAGAAAUGAGCCAUCUCAAAUAUUUUCUUUGACAGGUGACCGAGUUCCACUGCACUGUGUGGACAGGCAUCCCAAUCAGCAGCAUAUUGUGGCCACGGGGGGCCAGGAUGGGAUGCUGAGUAUAUGGGACAUCAGGCAGGGUACUAUACCAGUGUCCCUGCUGAAUGCUCAUGAAGCAGAAAUGUGGGAAGUUCACUUCCAUCCCUCCAACCCCGAUCACUUAUUCACCUGUUCUGAAGAUGGAUCUCUUUGGCACUGGGAUACUUCCACAGACAUAUCUGAGAAACCGUCUUUUCUUCAUCAAGGAGGAAGAAGCACUACCUAUUUUUCCCACAACACCAUUAACCAGUCUGUAGUAAGUGCCUGGCUCAGCAACGAUCCCACCAAAGACCGCAUGGAAAUCACCAACUUAAUUCCAAAUCAGACUUUAUCUGUGAAUAGUUUAGAUAUUUUAGGACCAUGCCUAGUAUAUGGUACUGAUGCAGAGGCUAUUUACGUGAACAGACAACUUUUUGCAUGAAAACCACUCUAGUAUCCCUUAGAAGGACUGAUCACCUUGAACUACUGGGAAAUCUCAGAUUCAUUCUUAAUGACUCAUUAGUCUGUUAUCAGCGUGUG